GCCGUGGAGGGGAAACUAUACAGCUCAAGCAAGGAGGGAGAGAGAGAGAGACCGAGAGAGAGAGAGAGAGAGAGAGAGAGAGAGAGAGAGAGAGAGAGAGAGAGAGAGAGAGAGAGAGAGAGAGAGAGAGAGAGAGAGAGAGAGAGCGCGUUAGGAAGGAAACUCACAGCAUGAUCCACUUAAGAGUUUGUUGCGGGUUUUUACACUUAUUUGCUUCUCUAACCUAAGCAGUUCCACUGCUUAUUUCACCCGAGGUCUAUUUUUUUUUAUUAAAAGCCAUCAUUUUUUCUUUUUCAUUUUCCAUUUCAAAGAAGAAAACAAUUCUCCAUAUAUGAGAAUAAGCAUUUAAAUUGGGAUCAUUUCAGCAGAGUAAAGGCUUGCGUCAUGACAACGAGGGAGCUCCUGCUUCUGGCUGUCCUCCUCUCCCUGGUCUCUUUCACGUCUGAAUGCCCUACUGGAUUUAGUUCAAACGCCGAUGGUGGUUGCAUUGAUGAUGACGAAUGCGAGGAAGAUUCACAAUCUGGCCCUCAGUGCGGGGAAGACGCAAAGUGUCUCAACACAAAUGGAAGCUCCCUCUGCAUGUGUAAUGAUGGCUUCCAAACUACAAAAGGGGAGAAAAGCUUUGACCCUUUUAUCGGGGACAAAUGUUCAGUUAUCCCCGAGUGUGAAAGAGAAAAAGGCCUUUGUGAAAAGCAUGGAGAGUAUGCAGAGUGUCGCAACUCUGUGCCAUUCUGCAUCUGCAAGAUGGGAUUCAUCGCUUCCAGUGGGCUGGAGAUUUUGGCAGAGGGUGACAAUUGUACCGACGUAUGUAAGAUUGAUAAGACAAUCUGUGGAAAUGGAAACUGCCAACAGGGAAGAGAUGGACAUGUGUGUGCAUGCCAUCCCGGAUCCAGCAACUACGGCAACAAGAGGUCCCGCUGUGUUGAAUUAAACUGUGAGGUGUUCACGAAUGCGUUGAAUCAACAAGAGAGUGAUCCAGAUGUAACUAGUGUCCUAAGGAUGUUGAAGGGCAGCUGUCUGAACCUAAGCGAGAGCGAAACUCCCACCAGCUUGGACGGAGAGGAAUUUCUUGAGAGGCUGUUGUCUAUGAUAGACAGGCUCCUGUUGGGCGGAACCGUCUUGGAUAACAAGCAGGUAUCCUUCAUCCUGAGUCUAGUGGAGAGCAGCCUGGGUCUGAUCGCUCCCUUCAUGAGCAAGAACAGAACGCAGGUCUCCAAAGCUCACACAGAGCUGGAGAUGGUUCUGUUUAAAGGUCCUGGUUUCCCCCAGGGCCCUGUGACAUUGUCAACUAAACAUGCCAAGCUGCAGAUGCAAUGGGAAACAGCUGCUGGAAAAAACUCCACUUACCCAGGCUUUACAGCCCUGUCCUUGCUGAGCUACUCAACCUUGAAGAACCCCACCAAUUGGUCCUUUAGUGGGAUCAAUGUAACAAAAGAAAUCAGCCUUCAGAUGAAUUCUAAAGUGGUUACGGUUAAAGUUAGUAACCCAGACACUGCCGCCCUCCAAGUGCCGGUGACAUUAACCUUCAACCACCUGCAAAGAACAGACAAGGACAACGACUCGAUCUGUGUUUACUGGAACUUGGAGGCCGACGGCGGGUCCUGGUCGAAUGUUGGCUGCGACACCCUCCACUCAGGUGCUACCUACACGCUGUGCUCCUGCAAGCACCUAAGCAGUUUCGCUGUCCUCAUGGCCCUUCACAACAUAGAGGACCCGUAUGAGAUGAAGGUGUUCACCUGGGUGGGUCUGACGCUAUCACUGGUUUGCCUCUUCGUCUGCAUCCUGACUUUCGCCCUGAUCCGCUCCAUCCAGAGCCCCAGGAACAGCAUUCACCUCCACCUGUGCCUCAGUCUCUUUGUCGCUAACCUGGUCUUUCUUUGCGGCAUCACUCGCACAGAGAACAAGACCGGCUGUGCUGUGGUGGCAGGGCUGCUGCAUUACUUCUACCUGGCGGCGUUCUGCUGGAUGUGUCUGGAAGGCAUUCAGCUCUUCAGGAUGGUGGUCCUGGUCUUCAACACCAGCUUCCAGACGGUCCGCAUGAUGGCUGUGGGCUACGGAGUACCGGCGGUGAUAGUCGCCAUCUCCGCACUGGUCAAUUCCGGCGGAUACGGCACAGAGAAAAAUUGCUGGUUGAACUUGGAAGGUUCGUUCAGAUGGAGUUUCUUCGGUCCUAUCUGCUUCAUCAUCACAGUGAACAUUUUCUUCUUCUUCGUCACCGUGUGCAAGCUGGCACAGAAGUUCUCAAGUUUAAACCCUGACUUAGACAACUUACAUAAGAUCAAAGCUUUCACUAUCACCGCUGUGGCCCAGUUGUGUUUACUUGGCAUCACGUGGAUCUUUGGCUGUUUCCAGUUUGGGAAUGGCCCGUCAGCCAUGUCUUACGUGUUCACCGUCCUCAACAGUCUGCAAGGUGUUCUGCUCUUUGUAAUGCACUGCCUGCUCUACAAACCGGUAAGAGAGGAGUAUGGAAAGAUAUUCUCCAGAUUCUUCGCAUCACAGAAGUACUCAGAGUUCACUUCCUCUCAGUCAAGCAAAGCACAGAAUUCCAAGAGUUCCCAGAACACUCGGGAGUCUGGCAUUUGAAGUGCUGUCGGAAGGCUGAAUCUUGUAGAGUGGAGUUUUGUAUGUCUUUGGACCCUCUCCAACGUCUUCGGGGAGUACUUCCUGUUCUUAUUCUCGAAAUAUUUGUUGGAAAAAUAUUGCAAAAAGUUGCCUUCCUAGUAGGUUGCACUGCAGUAUCGAAAAGCCCAGCUGUUCAAUUUAGCAUAUCCAGAUAUACUUUACUUUCCCCCCUCCCCUCUCACUCUCCCACUUCCAGAUCAGGUUCCAAAUGUGUCUCUUUUUGUGAGUGUUUGUCCAUAGGCACACACAAAUGUAAUGGAGGAAUAAUGGCUAUUGAGUCAAUGAAUGAAACAUCAAUUUGAUGGAUGUUCCAAAUGGUGUACUUUCAUUACUCCAUGAAUGUAAAUAGGAAUUCUCAGGGAUUCUUAGUUUGACCUUUAACCUCUGUAAUGACAAUCUUACAAAGAGAAUGAAUGUUUAGUUUUUUGUGUAGCAAUCUAUGGUUAAUUUUGUUUGUUGUAUAUAUAAUUCUUACACUGUAUAUAAAACGCUCUCACUUCCUUAAUUGAAAGUGGAAAAUAGGAUAGAGAUAUGUUUAAAAUGUACAUUUGUGUUUAUAAUGUUAUUUUGUGUAAGGCGUUUAGGCUUUAAUAAUGUAUGUAGGUAGUGCCAAAAUGGAGUGAUAGGAUUGAUGCUCUAUCUUCACUGUGAAGAGAUUCUUUAAUAAGGAACCAAAAGACGACGAGUUCUUGGUAUACACUGAGGAGUACCUUAAUAAUUGAAUCAUUAAGAUAUACAUUUUAGCCCUCUUGAUGUCAGAUGAUGCUUAAAUGCUGUUUGUGGUAGCCUUGAAGCUCUGUCGCCGAACACGCUUAAACACGACUUGUUUGCUGCACAUGUUGUCCUUCAAUAUGCGAAGGACGUUGACUUGUGCAAUAAAACACAAAUCACAGCUCUGCUUUCCUCACUUGAAGUGGUGUUUUUCCUAAUAAAUAACACAAACGGGUUGCUAGAUCGGUGCUAUGGACCACUGCAAAUCUCAAUGGCUUGACCUGAACUGAAUUGCAGGUGAAAUAUGAAGUUAAUAGAACAUAAUUACCUUUAGAGGUGAGGCCUUAGGAUUUAUGAGGACAUUAGUAGUUUUAGAAACAGGAAAGAAAUGGCCUUAAGAGGUGAACCAGAUUAAUUAUACACCUGCGGAUUUAUUAUUUUAUGCGUAUUUGAUAUUUGUUUCUCACAAUUAAAAGAAAAUAUAACAUGUGUAAAAUAAUAACAGUGUGUAACCUGGUGUGGUACCCUUCACUUUAAAGUACCCUGGUGUCUAUACAUAAUAUGAUUACAAUAACCAACUAUUGAAUAGCUAUUAAUUUAAAUGCUCAUGUAAAAAACAUAGACACAAUAUACUAAAUUAGAAUGUGAGAUGAAGAUAAUGUGAUACUAUUGAUACUACUGGAAAGACAGCAGUCAAAGCAGAGGUAAGUUCCAUCUUAUAAAAACUACACCCAGAAAGUAAGAAGUUUCAAAAGAUUAAGGUAGGAAUAAAGACAAUAGAGGUGACGAUAGAUUUGGUCAGAGAGUAAAUAAAAAGGUCAUUACUCCAAACACCUGUAUUGAUUACCUCACCAUGACCUGAUAUCCACUCCUCUCUCCCUGAUCGAUGUCCAUUAUCCCGUCCCUCUGCAGGAGCCCACCAGGUUCACCUGGCUUGGCGAGAAGUCAAAGCAAGUGAAAUCAAUGUAGCGUAUUCUUUCUACCAGUAACACUCAACAAUGAAAACCAUACAUAUCGAAUGCACUGCAUUUGAUAUGAUGGCCCCCUUAUUAGUUUAUGAGUGCUGCAUGCAGAACUAUUGUUCUUCUUAACGUUUAUUAUUUUCUUUCUUUCUACUUUAUUAUUCUAUACAAACUUUUGGAACUAUAUCCAUCUAAAUUUAUCACCUAGAUAUUCUACUUUUAAAAUACUAUUGUUUACAAUGGAAAUCAAUGGGAGGAAAGCGGAGCCGUCCGCGCAUUUUCUGAAACGUACUACUUCAGGCUUCGUAACUU